CACUUCCCCUCAAGACAACAUGUUCAGCUUAUAAUGGUAAUACUAUUACGGGCUGUGAUGCUACCAACGCAAUCUCAUUGUCCCUUGGCAGCAGCAUCGGCAAUCUUUUGGGCCUUCUUCGCCUUCUCCUCCAACAGCUUGCGCAAGUCCUCCUGUGUCUCCUCCAACAGCUUUUGACCCUCGUCUGAAUGCUUCUUAUACACCUCGGACAAGACACCAAUGUUGUCCUUGACCUUCUGUGUUACGCCCUCGGAUGACGAACCAAGGAACUGGCUCAGCACACCGAAACCAGUGCUUCCUCCCACAAUAGAACUGGUCCAGCUCUUGCCCGUGUCCCCGGACUCCUUGGCCUUGUUGACGGCCUGCUUCACAUAGUCUUCCAGCUUGCUCGAGUCACCGCUCUCGGACAUGCUCUUGAUUUUGGAAAACAGCUCCGAGGCAUUUCCUUGCUUGAGGAUGUCCUUGUUAUUGUUGAUCAGGUCUCUGACCGCAGGGCUCUUGUCAAGAUAAGGCUUGGCAGUUUCCAAGCCCUUGUCCCAGACCUGGUCACCCAUCUUGCGCACCUGCUGUGUCUUCUCCUCGACCAACUUCCGCACCUUGUCGGCAUUCUCGGUGGUGAAGCCACCCUUGAUGAUGUCGUUCACUUGCUUCCAUGUGUCGUCCACGAUUUUCUUGGCCUCUGGUCCGUACUGAGAGCCCAUCUGCUUCAGGGUGUCGAAAGAGCCGCCAAACUUCUCCUUGAGCUGAGGGUGGUUAUCGAGCAGUUGCUCCGAAGCAUUCGCGCUGAGGUUGGCAAUUCUCUGGCUCAGCUUUUGCAGGGCCUCCCAGCUGCGGGAAGCGGCCUCGAGAGUCAGGCCGGCAGCCGUGAUGUUCUGAAACUCCUUGUAUGUCUCGGCGACGAGCUUGUCAACCUCUUCCUUGUUCGCGUCCCGAAUGUCUUCAAUAUCCUUGAAGGCAACAUCGACAUACUGACGGCCUCCUGGUACCCAGCCAGCAUAGGAGUAGCAGACCUCCUUGACCUUGCCAAGAGCCUCAUCGGUGGAGGGAGUCUUGUUCUUGAGGGUGGCGGCGAGCUGUUCAUACUUCUUGUUGGUCUCCUUGACGGUUGCGUUCAUCGUCUUCAUCAUCUUGCCCGAUGGGGUCAUGGUGUAAAUUCCAUAGAGGAGGGCAGCGCCGGCGAUACCGCCAGCAACGCCGGAAGCGAAGUGACCUGUCCCGCUGGGGGCGGCAUUGGCUGCGGCUUGUGUGGUGGAAGAAGCUGUGGACUGGAAACGACGAGGGGUGGAUUUGGUGGUGCGAGCCACGCGAGUCGCGCGGGGUACGAUGCGGGCGGGAAGUCUGGACGACAUGGCGGUGUUCUUUGCUCGUUUGCGAAUUCAGGGGAUGUGUUGUGUACUGGUAGUAUAAGGAUGGAUGACAAGAGCCAAAUUGCUUUACUGUCGGUGACGGAUGGAAAGUUGUGGUGUUGAUAUUUGGUGAGAGCCGAUGUUGCUUUGGUACGGUUGAGAGUCCAGAGAAAGCACAAGGAAACUUUUAAAAGGAGAAACAGAGCCGGCAGACACCUGAUUCUGUACCGCCUGCAACCGGCGCGAACUCAGAUCAUGACGUUCUCAGCGGAAAGGCGUCGACGCGGCGGCAUUGCCUGCCCUGAUUGGCUGGCAAACUCCUUGGUCUCAAUUGGAGCCAUGACAUCACCACCCCCAUGAUGUCAUUGCGCUGGCUGAAGAUGGCCCAGGGUUAGGGUCUCUGGACUUGGCUCCGGAUUAUCGAUAAGAUCGAUAAGAUAACGAUAACCUCACGUUGUUCAUGAAUUCCGGCCUCACACACCGAACCUCUCACCGAGACUCCCGUUUCGUGAAUCCCCACAUCGCCGGGUGGAUGUUGGGGAAUGCCACCUUCUCCAACUUUUAGCGCAGCUUCCCCGGCUGGGGGGCUCCGGGGUCUCCGCCUUUUGCCCAGAAAGCCAAGGUUGCAAUGAGGGGAUCGUGAGCUGACCCCCGGCCCUGAAUAACAAAAGUUUACGAAUCCCAUGGUGGUGCUGGUUUCCCAUCUCGCCAAUCUUCAAGGCAUGAACGACUGAACGAGGCUCUCCUCUGGUGUGAGUGGUAUUCUUAGCACAUGUUCCUGCAGUUUUAAUUAUCCAUCCGAGCAGGCCAAGAGCACGAUAGAGUGUUCAUCGCAACCCAUCGCACCGCCAACGUGGAAAUAAACAUGUUUCCCGUCGCCCCGCCGCCAUCCACCGGUCUGCCAAGGGCUGCCGUUUCAACGGCAAAAUUCACGAACCGCUGCACCUCGCAUUUAUCCGGCCGCUCAACCGUGGUCAUUGGGGCGCUAGCAUCGGAAGCCAGUGACAAUCCGACCAUACCGGUUCGCUUCUCAUGGAAAUCAUGACCGUGGUGAACUGUGCCUUCACCAGUCUCGGCCGGCUGAAUGAUGAACACGAGCCCGAAAUGACUUGAUCCCCGGAGCCCAGACCCCAGGAGCCCGGUUCGGAGGGCAGCCCCGAAGUGCCGUAUGGGCUGCGUUAGGUAACAUCUUGAUGCUUCCCUCAUGCUCUGUGGAACGCGUUCCCGGUAGAGGGGAGGCGAGGUCGUAUCGGUCGAACCCGCCAGGGACCAUAGCACUCGGAUCGAUGACCAGAGUUCCAUUGAUGGUCUGGUGGAGGGCAGCAUAGUGGACCACCAUCAUGGCCCAUCACCAUGGCAUGACGACUUGACAUCCGUCCAUAAAAAGGCAUCGUGACCCAGGCCAUCUCGACUGUCUUUUUUCUCCUCCAUCCUUUCUCUCCCCAAGGACCGCCACCCCAGACAAGAUGCAUCUCCCGACAGCUGCCUCGCUCCUCCUCUCAGCACUGCCUCUCGCAGUUGCCACCCCUACUCCCGGCCACGGCCACAAGGAGAAGGGUCUCAACACCUACGCCAAAGAGGCCGGUCUGAAGUACUUUGGUGCUGCCACCGACUCGCCCGGUUUCCGUGAGCGGGCUGGCUAUGAGGCUCAGUAUCCCAAGUAUGACCAGAUCAUGUGGAAGUCGGACGAGUUCGGCCAGACCACACCUACCAACGGACAAAAGUGGCUCUUCACCGAACCACAGCAGGGCGUCUUCAACUAUACCGAGGGCAACAUUGUUACCUCCCUCGCGAAGAAGCACGGCAAAUAUCUCCGCUGCCACGCCCUCGUCUGGCACUCUCAGCUCGCCCCUUGGGUUGAGGCCAAGACCGACUGGACCAAGGACGAGCUCCGCGCUGUUAUCGUCAACCACGUCACGCGCGUUGCGAAGGCCUGGAAGGGUCAGUGCUACGCUUGGGAUGUUGUGAACGAGGCGCUCGAGGAGGAUGGGAGCUACCGCAAGUCCGUCUUCUACAACGUCCUGGGCGAGGAGUACAUCAAGCUCGCUUUCGCGACCGCUGCCAAGGUCGACCCCAAGGCCAAGCUGUACUACAACGAUUACAACUUGGAGUGGCCCCAUGCCAAGACUGAGGGCACCCAGCGCAUUGUCAAGAUGCUCCAGAAGGCCAAGAUCAGAAUCGACGGUGUUGGCCUCCAGGCUCACUUGAUUGCCGAGCAGGCCCCUACUCUCGACCAGCACAUUGACGCCAUCAAGGGCUUCACCAAGCUCGGCGUUGAGGUUGCCCUUACCGAGUUGGACAUUCGCCUGCAGGUGCCCGCCAACGCCACCAACCUUGCUCAGCAGAAGGAGGCUUACAAGAACGCUGUUGGCGCUUGCGUCCAGGUCAAGGGCUGCAUCGGUGUCACCAUCUGGGAUUUCUAUGACCCCUUCAGCUGGGUUCCCUAUGUUUUCCCCGGCGAGGGUGCUCCCCUCCUCUGGUUUGAGGACUGGAGCAAGCACCCCGCCUACUACGGCGUGCAGGAGGCUCUCAAGAACGGCACCAAGAAGGGCAAGCCUGGCAAGUGGUGGUAAACUGCCAAGUUUACUCCAGUUCCAAGUAGAUAACAAGGUGUAAUACCACUGUAUAAUUGAAAGAAACAUGAUCUUCCAACAUUGA